AUGAACCAAAGGUCCACACGUUCCCUGACGCCUGAAGAGAAAGAGGCCGAGAAGGUCCGCUUGCAGGGUUUGGUGAACAACUUCGCCAAAAAAGCAGUGCGAGGUUGCCCUUGCGUGUACUUCAAAGAAGGCACAGCGACUCGAUUCGAGACGCAGUAUCGGAUAGAUAAGAGUCUGGAGUAUCUGAUUUUGGUGAACCCGCAGGAGCCGGGAGUCACGGAAGUCACCUGCCCCAUAGCAGCCAUCCAGGACAUCUACUCUAUGGCUGAGGAUGGCACGAGCUGCUUUCCACCAGAAGUAGUCACUGCUUUGGGAGCAGAGGACAGAGAGCGCCUCUUGAUGAUCGUGUUUAGCGACGCCGAUGGAAAGCUAUUCAGGUUCUGCCUGGUCGAAGAAACGACCGAGAGCCGAGACACAUUCCUGGAGUGCAUGAGGAUUCUUUGCAUCUAUGCGCAGUCGAACCCUGGCGAGCGGUGA